AUGGGUACGCUCAUCUUUGUGGUUAGGAAAGUCGCGGUGCAGUCCGAUGAGAUUGCGAGCGUGACGCUUCACAAGCAGCGUCCGCUGCUGCUCCAUUUGUACGUAUUUCCGUUCCUCUUCCUGUACCCGCUGCUUGCGUAUGCCUACUAUGGCGACUACGAUCGGUACAUCAAGUCGGAGGAGUGGACGUUUGUCUUUAUCGUCUCGCUCGUGUCCGCACACGCGCUGAGCUUUUUGGUGACGCGCUGGGAUGUGCGUGCUCGUGCCAUGAUUACCAGCACCUCGACCUCGUCCCUGGAAAAGGCGGACCGCGUGCGGAUUCUGCCGCAUGCGCACAAGGGUGAGGGCGGCAUGGUGUCGCUUCAGCGCAUCCAGCGUGCGGGUGAGCGCGAUGAGUACUCUUUCGUGUACCAGGCGGACAAGUACGUGCUCGCUCAGCCCGACGCCCAGGCCCCGGUCACGUCGAUCACUGCUUCGCCGGACAUCCGCGAGCCGACCUUCCGCCGCCUGCUGUACCCUGCCGACGUGCAUCCGAAGCUCUCGCACUUUAUUUCGAACAACGGUCUGGAUGCGGACGGCGUCAAGGAGGCGCGCAAGAUGUACGGUGACAACGUGCUCGAGAUUCCCGUCCCCAAGUUUUUGGACCUGUUCUUUGAGCAUGCGGUCGCGCCUUUCUUUGUCUUCCAGAUCUUCUGUGUGGGUCUGUGGAUGCUCGAUGAGUACUGGUACUCGUCGCUCUUCUCCCUCUUUGCUUUGGUCGCAUUCGAAUGCACGGUCGUCUUCCAGCGCCAGCGUACCCUGAACGAGUUCCGCACAAUGUCGAUCCAGCCGUUUACUGUGAAUGUGUUCCGCAACAAGAAGUGGGUCGAGACUUCGACGUCGGACUUGCUCCCUGGCGACGUGGUGAGCGUCGUGCGCACCAAGCCCGACUCGGCGGUCCCGUGCGACGUGCUGCUCCUCUCGGGCUCCUCGAUCGUGAACGAGGCGAUGCUCUCGGGUGAGAGCACGCCGCUUUUGAAGGAAAGCAUCGCGCAGCGCAACACAACCGAUACGCUCGACGACCAGGACACGGACCGCCUGCACUGCCUCUUUGGCGGUACCAAGGCGCUCCAGGUCUCGCCGGGCCAUGGCGUCAAGGGCGUCGCGCCCCCGCCCGAUGGCGGCGCGAUCGGUGUCGUGCUGCGCACCGGUUUCGGCACGACGCAGGGCCGUCUCGUGCGUCUGAUGGUCUUUACCAACGAGAACCAGGUCACGGCCAACAACUGGGAAAGCUUUGUGUUUAUCGCCUUUUUGCUCGUCUUUGCCGUCGCCGCCAGCUCGUACGUGUGGGUGAAUGGCCUAAAGAUGGAGCGCCCCAAGGGCAAGCUCUUGCUGCACUGUGUCUUGAUUAUCACGUCGGUCGUUCCCGCGGAGCUGCCGAUGGAGCUGUCGAUGGCCGUCAACGCGUCGCUCGUGGCCCUCGGCAAGUACGCCAUCUUUUGCACGGAGCCUUUCCGCAUUCCGUAUGCGGGCCGCGUCGAUGUGUGCUGCUUCGACAAGACGGGCACGAUCACCGGCGAGGACCUCGAGGUGCAGGGUGUCGUUGGCUCGGUCGCUGCCAGUACCAAGGAGGUUCCCGACACCCUCGAGCCGGUCACGCACGCGACGCCCGAGACGACGCUCGUGCUUGCUGCGGCACACGCUCUGGUGAUUGUCGACGAUGAAGUCGUCGGUGACCCCAUGGAGCGCCGCACCGUCGAGGCGAUCGGCUGGGACGUCAAGAAGGGCGACAAUAUCGUGCCUACGCCCGACUCGCCCGCGCCGGCGCACCACAACGUGCACAUCCGCCUCCGCUUCCACUUCUCUUCUGCACUGAAGCGUAUGUCGACCGUGGCCCAGAUCUCGCUGGGCGGCGGUAAGAAGACGAUGCUUGCGAGCGUCAAGGGCGCGCCCGAGACGCUUAAGCCGAUGUACAAGUCGCUCCCGUCGAACUACGACGCGCUCUACCGCCACUACACCCGCCGCGGCUCGCGUGUGAUCGCCCUGGGCUACAAGCACGUGGACCACCUCGAUGCCAACAGCCUGCGCACGCUGAAGCGCGAGGACGUCGAGAGCGAUCUGCAGUUUGCCGGUUUCCUCGUGCUGCACUGCCCCCUGAAGCCCGAUGCGGUCGACUCGCUGCGCCAACUGAAUGACUCGGCGCACCGCUGCGUGAUGAUCACCGGCGACAAUGCGCUCACCGCCGUGCACAUUGCCGAGGAGGUCGAGAUUGUGUCGCGCGAUGCCAUUGUGCUCGACCGCCGCGAGGGUGGCGAGGAACACGACCUGGUCUGGCGCCUGACCACCGACGAGAUCGCGCGCGAGCAGGACGUCAACGCGCCCCUGCACCGCCACCUCUUUGACGAGUACGACGUCGUGGUGACUGGUGCGGCGCUGCGUAUGUACGAGGACAAGCCCGAGGCGCUCAAGGAGCUCGUGGAGAACACGAGUGUCUAUGCGCGUGUCUCGCCGAGCCAGAAGGAGCUUGUGCUGAGCGUGCUCAAGUCGCUGAACUACAUCACGCUCAUGGCCGGCGACGGUACGAACGAUGUCGGUGCGCUGAAGAUGGCCAACAUUGGUGUCGCGCUCCUCGACGGCUCGCCGGAGGACCUCAAGAAGAUUGCGCAGCACCAGAUGCUCGAGCGCCAGAAGAAGGUGUACGAGUCGCAGCUCGCGCUGACCGCGCGCUGGGGCCAGCUCCCGCCGCCGGUUCCUGCUGCGCUGAAGGAGGCCUAUCCCCACCUCGAAGCCGCACGCGAGAAGGCCGCGCGACAGCUUACUGUGCAGCGCGCGUCGAACCCCGUGGCGAAGUUUGACCUGUCGGCGAUCACCUCGACCAUGAACCAGCUCGAGGACGAGGAGGACGGUCCGCCCCAGAUCCGUCUGGGCGACGCGAGUGUCGCUGCGCCCUUCACGAGCAAGCUCUCGAACGUUGCGGCAAUCUGCUCCAUCAUCCGCCAGGGCCGCUGCACGCUUGUCGCCACGAUCCAGAUGUACAAGAUCCUUGCGCUGAACUGUCUGAUCCAGGCGUACGCGCUGAGUGUGCAGCACCUCGACGGUAUCCGCUCUGGCGACUACCAGCUGACGGUGAGCAGCCUGCUGGCCUCGGUGUGCUUCUACUGCAUUAGCCGCGGUAAGCCGAUCGACCACCUUGCGCCGGAGCGCCCGGUGAGCAACAUCAUCAACGUCUAUGUCUUUGGCUCGAUCCUUACGCAGACCCUGAUCCACGUGCUGUCGAUGCUGUACAUCCAGCGCAUCACGCUCGGCUUCGAGGUGCCGGUGCAGCCGGAGGAGUUUGACAUCACCUCGACGACCAGCAAGUUUACGCCGACGCUGCUCAACACGGGUGUCUUUUUGCUCGGCCUGUCGCAGACCAUGUCGACGUUUGCCGUAAACUACAUUGGCCGCCCGUGGCGCGAGUCGAUCCAGGAGAACAAGGUGCUCUACUGGGGCCUGCUCGGCACCACCGGCGUCGCGUACCUCGGUGCGAUCGAGGCGAUCCCCGAGCUGAACGAGUGGCUGCAGCUCACCAAGAUGGAGCCCGCGUACAUGCGCCAGCUCCUCGGCGCCAUGUUUGGCGACCUGGCUGGCUGCUACGUCGCGGAGCUCUUCUGGAAGCUCUUUGCCGACGUUCAGCCGAAGAAGAUGAUCGUCCAGGGUCAGCAGAACCGCGCCGCGCGCCGCGCGCUCAAGGGCGGCGAGUCGUCCGACAAGAAGCUUGACUAA